AGCGCCACUCCCUGCACUACUCAAUUGACGUGUCGGAGCCCAGCCUGAGGGUGCCCCAGUUUGUAAUUGUGGGGUACGUGGAUGGGAUCCCCAUCUCACGUUACCGCAGGGACACGAGCAGGACAGUGCCCCAGGCAGACAGGAUGGCAACCAGUCUGGACCAGCAAUACUGGCACAGGGAGACCCAGAAGUCACAGGGCCAUCAACACUUGUUCCAUGUGAGCCUGGAGACACUGCAGCGCCGCUACAACCACAGUGGGAGGCUGCAGCAGCCCCUCAGCCCCCUGUCCCUGGACGUGUUGCAUCAGCUCACACAUGGCAGCCAUGCUUAUGGCUUCUACUCACGGUGCAUCAGCGUCAGCUGGCUGAAGGACGGUGAGAACCAGGACCACGAGACCUGGCGAGGCAGCGUGGCGCCCAACAGUGAUGGCACCUACUACACCUGGGUCUCCAGCGAGGCCCGUCCCCAGGAGAAGGACAAGUACCGGUGCCACAUGGAGCACGCCAGCCUGCCUGAGCCCGGCCUCUUUGCCUGGGAGCCGGAAUCCAGCUUGUCAGGUGUCCUGCUGGGGAUGGCUGUGGCCAUCCUGGUUGCUGUGGCUGUCAUCACUGGAGUCACCGCCUGGAAGCUCCAACAGGGGAAGGACAAGGAGGGCUACUGCUGCAUGGCCAAAAGUGAGUACCAGCAGCUGGAGGGGGACACUAAGACCCCUGAGCACGGUCUCUGCCUGAUGGGGAAACAACAAUGGGAGUUGUUGCAAGAGAUCGAGAGGGAGCCCGAGGGGGCAGAUGAGCCAAACUCGGGAGAGGUGUUGAGGCUGGAUCACAUUGUGCUCGAGGAGAAAAAGGGCAAAGAGCGGGUUCAGGGGCACUGGCCAGCUUGCCCUAAG